AUGUUUUUGCGUUCUAAUUUUUUGAGUCUUAUACUUCGUUCAUUACUAGAGACUGAAAGGUUUGUGGAGCUUUUGAAACUGCGUACAGCAGAGAUUGUGCGGCGAAGCCAGGCUCUACAGAACAAGUGGUCGUUCAAUCAGAAAGAGCUGUAUGCGUUCGCAAAACUUGUGAAUGUUUGUCUUGAUGUGAUUGGUAUUUUGGACACCACAGAUGUGCUUGAGCCGAAUAUCUUACCUGCCGUAACAAUGCGGAUUUUUACUUCCAAAUUGGAUAACUGGGUCGAGGAGGUGCUUAUAAGAAUCAAACUUAUGUUGCACUGGGCUGUUACAGCAGAACGAGAA